AUGCAAUGCAUCAAAGAUUCUGUUACCGAAAAUUAUGGCGAAUUUGAGAAAGAAAUCAGGAAUCAUAAUCAUCUUGCAAUCAAAUCGUGUUUUGCUCAAACAAUUGAAGAUGGUAACGAGAAAAAUCGUUGCGUUUUAGCGCUGUCUGAUUUGAACAAUAAAGCUUGGGAUCAUAAUGGUCCGUUGCGCGAUUGCUUAAUUUGUCAAACGUUUGCUAAUGGCGCAAUUAAAGCAAUGUUAUCGACCUCUGCCGAAGAAGAGAAAUGUGUACGUUCUGAGGUUUCCAGAGCUGUAAAACUGGAAGUGGAAUAUUGUUUGCGGGGAAAGAUGAAUAAUUUCGAUAGCAUUCCUGAAUUUCCGGAUUUUGAAGAAGGUUCACAUGCAUUUAGGGAUGAAGUAAUCACUUCGAUCUCAGAACAUAUUCUAAUUAAUAGCCGUCUAGCAUUCUGUAGUGAACGUAAACCGGAACGUGCAGAAGCUACACGAAAAUGUUUGACGAAACCAUUUGAUGGAUAUUUUUCUGAACACUGCAAAGUUCUGAAGAGUUGUGAAAGUAAAAUCUCAGCUGAUUGUCAACCACAAAUUAUGGAAUUAAGAAAGUCAAUUUGCGAAUGUCUUAAUAAUACUCGAGUGGGGCUGAAAAAGCGACUUUCUUCAAUUGCGCAAGCUAUCAGAGAUGCCAUUGAUGGUAAUGAUCGUGGUGCAGCAUCGAUCGGCGGUGGUAGUAGAGUAGAACAAUGUGCAUCAAACAUCAAAGGCUUAGUGAGGACACCAGUGAAUGAUUGGAUUGAGGUUAUCGAUAAGUCACUGAAAAAAUGCUUGAAGAAAAAGCCUGCAGGACAAAAUCUGGGCCUCGAAUCGCUCAUCAAUGUUGGUUGUCGAAAGGUAAUUGCUGAUACUACGGGAACAGCACACACGCAGUUGAAAACAGGAUUUGAUUUCAUUAACAAUUUAAUGGAUGCAAUGAUAGAGCGAUCGGGGCGUUUCUGCGGUGGCGUGCAUUGUGGUUAA